CGCACGCUGUGAGCAGUCAGCCUGGCUGGGACUCGGGGACAGGACAGCGGCCAGUGGGUGACCCGGAGUGGGAGUGAGUUAUCCAAGUAGGGUGUGCGUUACAGCAGGGCUGGGUGUGAUUUACCCCGGGACACCAGCCACCAAGAAGUGUCUGCCCUGAAUGUAGCAACUGGAUCCAAGUGUUCAGAGGAUGUCUACUAAAUAUAAUCUACGGAUUCCGAUGCUCGGUGCAUUUUUACCUCCUGAUGACAUUGGAUGUAGAACCUCCUCACCAUUCUUUAUUGCCUAACUGAAUCUGAAUGUUUCACAUCCACUAGCACUUUGAAGAGGCUUUGCCAAAUGUCUUACGUGCUCGCACUGAAAGUGAACAUGAUCAGGAUGACUGUUUGUUCUUGGAUUAUAUUGUUUGGCACUUUACUUCUACCCAUUGUGGAAAGCCACAGUCUUUUCACUUGUGAGCCCAUCACUGUUCCCAGAUGUAUCGGAAUGACCUACAACAUGACUUUUUUUCCAAAUAUGAUGGAACACUAUGAUCAAGAUAUCGCUGCCAGUAAAAUGGAGCCAUUCCUGCCUCUCUUGAAUCUUCAUUGUUCUCCAGAGGUGCAUGCCUUUUUGUGCCAAGCAUUUGUUCCGGCCUGCACUGAGCCGAAAAAUGUAGCCGUGCCUUGCCGUAGCCUCUGCAAGACUGUUUAUUCAGACUGUAAACCGAUGAUUGACACGUUUGACAUUACCUGGCCUGACGAAUUGGAGUGUGACAGGCUUGACGAGUGUGAGAGUGCAGAUUCCAUCUCCACUGGAGAAAAUAUGGAUCUGGGAACUCCUAAACCUCCAGAGAAAAUUCACAGAGACUAUGGAUUCUGGUGCCCCCGUCACUUGAAAACCUCACAAGGAACAGGGUAUCAGUUUUUGGGCGUCAACCACUGCGCUCCACCAUGUCCCAACAUGUACUUCGAGAAAGCAGACUUGGACUUUGCCAAGAAUUUCAUUGGCAUAAUUUCGAUCAUAUGCUUGUGUGCUACACUCUUCACAUUUCUAACUUUCCUGAUUGAUGUAAAAAGGUUCAGAUACCCGGAACGGCCCAUCAUUUUCUACUCGGUCUGUUACAGCAUCGUAUCACUCAUGUACUUUAUAGGGUUUCUCAUGGGAAACUCCAUUUCUUGCAGCGAAGCUGAUGAAAACUUUGCAGAAGGAGACACUGUUGUCCUUGGUUCCCAAAACAAAGCCUGCACCGUCAUUUUUAUGCUUCUAUAUUUUUGCACCAUGGCAGGCACAAUAUGGUGGGUAAUGCUUACCAUAACUUGGUAUUUGGCUGCUGGACAGAAGUGGAGUUGUGAAGCCAUAGAGCAGAAAUCCAUGUGGUUCCAUACAGUGGCAUGGGGCCUUCCUGGUGUUCUCACCGUGGUUCUUCUGGCUAUGAAUAAAGUUGAAGGGGACAACAUUAGUGGUGUUUGUUUUGUCGGUCUGUACGACAAAUCCGUCUCUACUUAUUUUGUGCUCAUACCACUGUCCCUGUGUGUUUUCAUCGGGCUCUCUCUACUACUGGCUGGAAUUAUUUCUUUAAAUAAUGUCCGCCAGGUAAUACAACACGAUGAAAGGAACCAAGAAAAACUGAAAAAAUUCAUGAUUCGUAUUGGAGUAUUCAGUGGUGCAUAUUUAGUACCUUUGGUGAUAUUACUUGGAUGCUAUGGCUAUGAACAAUUGUCUAGGACUAAUUGGGAAAUGACAUGGGUAGCCGAUCAUUGCCAGGAGUACCAUAUUCCAUGUCCGCUCCAUCUAAAAAAUUUGUCCCGACCCAACUUUGCCUUGUUUCUUACUAAAUAUGUGAUGACUUUGAUUGUUGGGAUCUCUGCUAUCUUCUGGGUAGGAAGCAAGAAAACCUGCUCAGAGUGGUCCAAUUUCUUCCACCGCAGUAAAAAACAAGACCCAGUGAGUGAGAGUCGGAGGGUCCUUCAGGAGUCCUGUGAGUUCUUUCUCAAGCAGAAUGCAAAAGAAAAGCAUAAGAGGAGACACCCCAAGUCCAACUCCCACAAACUCAAGGUUAUUUCAAAGUCAAUGGGAACUAGUACAGGAGCUAAAGCCAAUCAUGGAAUGUCCGCAGUGGCAAUCACAAGUCACGAUUUUCUGAGUCAGAAUACCACCGUGGACAUCAGAAGUACCUCGGACCUGUCACCAAAAAUUGAACAAGACCAUGGGAACGUUCCUGUAAAAGGAAGAGAGGACAACAAAGGAGAAAUAACCACCCAAACGCUGUUAGAAGUUCCCAUGCAGCCAGCAGACUGUAACAAUAAGCUAGGAAGUAGGAAAGGAAACAGCUUGUCUGGGAGUGUGCACAACAUGAUUGAGGAAAGCUUGUAUCCCCUGAAGGACUUUACAGAAACAUCCCCAAAUCCUGAAAUAAUAUCUCAUCAAAACGUUGGACAGCCCGACAACUUGGGUCACCCUAUCUCCAACAAAGAAAAGGAAAUAAUGAACCUAAUGCAAAGUUCAUGAGAAGUCAGACUUGGUUUUUCCCAAGCUCUCUGAUCUGUUUUGUACCCUUUUUAUGCUCUUGUUCUAUAGUAUUUUACUAGUGAACACAGACUUGGAGAUGUGCACUUAGCAAUACAAACCUCAAACUACACACAGCAUCAUUUUAUUAUUAUUUUUAUUAUUAUUAUUUUUCCUUUUACUGGGCUGUUACAUUUUUACAUAAUAGUCCCAACUUGUGACUGGGAGUAUGUCUUUGUGACAUGGAGUACACUUUUAAUCACUGGUCAUUAUACAAAGACAUGAAACAUGGACAUUAUCGCGUUCUUCAGCUACCAUUCUCAACCAGUUCUGGACAUUUGAUUGAGAUGAGAGUUGCAAGUUCCAACAGCAAGGCUGCCAUAGAAUGUCUUUCAAUAUUAUACAGCACAAAGAGCAUUUGGAAAUGUUUGACUAAUGACUUUUUCAAGUUAACACUAACAGUCUGACCAUUCAAAUACAGUACUUUUUGUACCUUUUUUUUAUUAUGUGCAUUUCAUACUGCUAUCUGAUAUUUGUAAAGGUAUUGGUAGUUUUUACACUGGAAUUAUUUAAUAAUAAAUUUGCUACUUUUCCUUCUUA